AUGGACUACCAUCCUCUGACAAAGUGUGAUUCCUUCCUAUCUCUUGAGUCCCCUCAAAGGCAUGUGUUCAUCAAGCAACACCGUCUGUGCUUUAAUUGCUUCGCGCGAUCCCAUGGUGUUGGAAGAUGCCGCUCCAAGAUUAAUUGUCGUGUAUGUGGCAAGCGCCACCAUACUUUAGUGCAUUUUGGAAAUGCUACUACCCCCUCCCCGUCGAAUGAAGCUCCCCCUGCUUCCAUCAACCAGGAAGGUACUAUCCCUAGUCCGGUGACCAUGAUGACCAAUCUCUCCUCUCAAAAGGUCGUGCUCUUUGCCACUUGCUUGGUGUCCGUUUCGGAUAAAUCUGGCAGACUUGUUACUUGUCGUGCACUGUUGGAUUCAGCUAGUCAAGCCAGUUUUGUGACAGAUUCCUUUGCGAAGAAAUUGGAGCUUCCAAGGUCUCUCUCUCCGACACCAAUUCAAGCCGUCUUCAAAACGUCUGCGUUAGGGAAGGUUGCCCUGAGCGUGACCCCCUCCCAAAGAAAAUCCCUUGCUCUCCAUAUAGAGGCUUUAGUUAUUCCAUCUAUUUGUGAUAAGGUACCCUACCAGGUGAUUGAUAAGCAGAAUCUAAAACAUCUCAGGUCCCUACCCUUGACUGAUCCCCACUUCUGUGAACCCAACGAAAUAGACGUGCUUUUAGGGGCAGAGGUUUACGGAGAUAUUUGUUUGCCUGGAUUUAGAAAAGGACAGAACGGUGGCCCAUGCGCUUUUCGGACCAUCUUCGGAUGGGUUGUCCUAGGAAAAGUGAAUUCUUUAGAACCAUCUUCUACCUUUAGUUUUUAUACCAAUGUGAGUACUGCUGUUGAUGUUUCCUUGAAGAGAUUUUGGGAACUCGAGUCCGUCCCUUCAAAGACCUUUAUGUCUCCUGAAGACAAAUUGUGCGAGGAGAUCUUUCUCUCUACCCAUUCCCGUGCCCCUUCAGGUAGAUACGUCGUAUCCUUACCCUUUAAGGAUAAACACCCUUCACUUGGUGAAUCUUACCCUCAAGCCCUUAGGCGAUUCCAGUCGUUAGAGGCGCGUUUGGCCAAGAACCCAACUUUGCGAUUAGCCUACAACGAGUUCUUGAGAGAUUAUUGGGAACAAGGUCACAUGGCACUCGUUAGCGACCUGCCCCCCUCUCCCCAAGUUUACUACAUUCCUCAUCACGCCGUCUGGAAGCCACAUAGCGAACCCCUUAAAUUGCGUGUUGUGUUUGAUGCUUCAGCCAAAACUUCAUACGGACGGUCCCUGAACGAUCUUCUAUUUACGGGUCCCAAGCUCCAACCCGACAUUGGAGCCAUUUUGCUCAUCUUUCGACUGUACUGUGUGGUUUUCACCACCGAUAUUCGUCAGAUGUAUCGUCAAAUCCUAGUGAGUGACGCCGACCACCUCUCCCAGCGGAUUCUGUGGCGUUUUGAUCCCCGCGAAGCAGUGCGAGAGUACGUCUUGUCAACGGUGGUCUAUGGACUAAGUUGUAGCCCAUACUUGGCUAUUCGCGUGUUGCGUCAGCUUGCUAGGGACGAAGGAGCGCGUUACCCGUUAGCACCCCGUCUCCUAGAUUGCCAAACCUACAUCGACGACAUUAUCGGAGGAACAGACUCGUUGGAGGAAGCCCGUGAGUUGAGGGAUCAAUUAGUAUCGCUGCUAAAAUUGGGUGGUUUCGAGUUGCGCAAAUGGGCGAGCAACUCCCCCGAGUUAUUGAGUUCACUUCCCGCUUCACAUCAUCAACCCGUUUCCCUAUGCGGAGACGACAAUCCCAGUUUAAAGGUGUUGGGAUUGCAGUGGUGUCCCUUACGGGAUGUGUUCUCCUACCGCAUCCAAGUAGCGGAUAGGACGUGCACAAAAAGGAAUAUUUUGUCGCAAGUAGCCCAAAUAUACGAUCCCCUAGGUUUUUUAUCCCCGGUCAUGUUGACUGCCAAAAUUCUCCUACAGAGGCUUUGGUCCCAAGGCGUCGAUUGGGAUGCACCUCCCCCCCGCGACAUAUUCGAAGAUUGGAGUUCGUUUUCGUCUCAGCUGGACAGUCUUGCUGGGCUGACAAUCCCUCGUCGGGUACUGCCUAGCAAUGGCGUCCAGGUGGAGAUGCACGGAUUUCGUGACGCUUCGGAGCGCGGAUACGGUGCAGCCGUGUAUCUGCGAAGCGUCAGAGAGGGCCAUAUCUUUGUCACCCUUCUGUGUGCAAAGAAUCGGGUAGCGCCUUUGAAGCGAGUGUCGAUCCCCCGUCUGGAGUUGUGCUCAGCGUUACUGUUCGCCCAACUCGUAGAUUUCGUCCGAUCCACUAUAGCCUCUGAGUUGACUAUCACGAGAGUAUUCGCCUGGAGUGACUCCAAAAUUGCGUUGUCUUGGAUAAAGUCAUCCCCCCACAGAUGGAAAACUUUUGUGGCCAAUCGCGUGUCCCUCAUUCAGGACAUCAUUUCCCCCAGUUCCUGGCAUCACGUCGCCGGUUCAUCCAACCCUGCUGACUGCGCAUCCCGAGGGCUUUUCCCCGAGCAAAUAUUAAUCCACCCCUCUUGGUUCUGUGGUCCCCCUUGGUUGCGUCUUCCGGUGGAAGAGUGGCCCACCUCCGACUUCACCCCCGGAGACGAUCUGGAACUGGAACGUAAACCAGUGUUGACUUGUGUGUCCACCCCUUUAGUUGACUCGCUCGGAGAAUUGUUAACCCGUUUCUCGUCGUUACGAAAAAUUGAGAGGAUCCUGGCUUAUUGUUGUAGGUUUCUAAAUAAUUGUCGUACCCCCGUUCCCAAGCGAGCGCUUGAUAAUUUGUCUUUUGCGGACACGUACCACGCCCGCACGUUGCUGACAGGAUACGUCCAACGUGAGGUAUUCGCCGGUUUGCUGAAGUGUCUUCGAAACGGUAAACUGUGCCCCAAACCUUUACGCUCCCUAGCGCCCUUUAUCGACGAGCACGGUCUCAUUCGAGUCGGUGGCAGACUCCGAGGUUCUGCGUUGUCCUUCGACGCAAAACAUCCUCUUCUACUACCUCGAGACCAUCGCUUUACCGAACUCGUGAUCGAAAAGUUCCAUAAGGAAAAUUGCCACCCGGGCCCCCAAUCGUUGUUGUACCAGAUUUCACAACAAUUCUGGAUUUUGUCCGCCCGCAGAGCAAUUCGUCACACCCUAUCGCAGUGUUACCGAUGCUUCCGUGUCCGACCUUCUUGUGUACAGCCAUUCAUGGCUGAUUUACCCCCCGUUCGUGUAUCGCAAGUCAAGCCAUUCGCGCAUACCGGUGUCGAUUUCGCCGGUCCAAUUUCCAUUACCCUUGCGCGAAGGCGUGGCGCUAAGACUCAGAAGGCUUACAUUUGCCUAUUCGUUUGCAUGGCUACCAAAGCCAUCCAUUUGGAAUUGGCUUCUGAACUCAGCUCCGACGCGUUCUUGGCCGCUUUUCGGCGCUUUGUCGCUCGCCGCGGGCGUUGCACUGACAUGUAUAGUGAUCAGGGUAGAAAUUUUGUCGGUGCUAACCGGAUGUUGGUACAGUAUUGCCAGCAGUCCGCCGACCAGUGUGAGGUGCGCUGGCACUUCAACCCACCCUCCAGUCCUCACUUUGGAGGUCUUUGGGAGGCCGGCGUCAAAUCGGUAAAGACCCAUUUGUUUCGUGUGAUAGGCUCUCAAAUCCUGACUUUCGAGGAAAUGUCGACAGUGUUAACUCAGGUGGAAUCCAUACUGAAUUCCCGCCCAUUAUGUAGUUUGAGUUCCAACCCAAACGAUUUGCAUAGCCUUACUCCUGGGGAUUUUCUGACCCUGGAGCCCCUAUCUGCCCGUCCCGACGACCCUUUAGCUAAUCUGAACACUAACAGACUCACUCGUUGGCAGCUCAUGCAGCAGUUGCAUCAGCACUUCUGGGACAGAUGGCAUCGGGAAUACCUCCACCAGCUGCAGCAACGGCACAAGUGGAACACCACGACUAACCCCCCAAAAGUUGGUCAGUUGGUUUUAAUUAAAGACGAGAACCUCCUCCCGUUAAAGUGGCUUCUGGACCGCAUCACGCGCUUGUACCCCAGUUCCGACAAGGAAAUUCGCGUUGUGCAAGUGCACACGGCCAAAGGCACUUUCGAUCGACCUUUGGUCAAAUUAUCUUUUGUCCCUAACUGUUAA